AAGAAUUGGCAGAUUCAAAAACCAAAAAAGUAUUCGAACGAUUCAUUCCCACUAGGAGAAGGGGGAAGUCGUCGCUCUGCACGAAAAUUGAAAUCGCCCCAAAACCCUAACUCCAUUGGAGGUUUGUUGAGUGAGUUCAUAAGAAGCAGCCCCGGGCAGCGAUUUCUUCAUUCGCUCUCGAAGAUGAAGCUCGUCAGGUUUUUGAUGAAAUUGAACAACGAAACUGUCUCGAUCGAGCUGAAAAACGGCACCGUCGCUAAUGGAACCAUCACCGGCGUUGAUGUCAGCAUGAACACACACUUGAAGACUGUAAAAUUAACACCGAAAGGGAAGAAUCCGGUAACAAUGGAUCAUCUGAGCUUAAGGGGAAACAACAUCCGCUAUUAUAUACUGCCCGACAGUAUAAAUCUUGAGACUUUGCUAGUUGAAGAAACACCCAGGGUGAAGCCUAAGAAGGCUACUGCUGGUAUGAAAGCCUCUAGGAAGGGGGAGAGGGCGGGGGAGGGGGCGUGGACGAGGAGGACGCGGGCGCUAGGUGGCUUUUGGCGCUUAACAUAGUUUUUGGGCCAUCUGUUUCUGUAAACACAUCAUGUACUAAUGGAGAGUUUAUUUCCCUAAUCUGUUUUAUGCGCCUUAAUGUUAUUUCCUCCAUAUUUCUCAAGUUGCCUUCAGACAAAAGAGAGAUGCUAAGCUAUUUUUUGUGCCUUUUGGGAACAGUUGUGUAAACUUUUCUGGAUAUCCAUUUUUUUCCACUUUUGCAUCAAUCACUUCGAUACAAUCUCUUUGUUAUUUGGAUUUGGUUUUCCUGAAAUUAAUUAUCCAUUUUUCAUAAUCAAUAAAAAGAUUAUGA